AUGUGCCUUUGUACGACUGCGGGAGGACGUAAACUCUGGAUCGUGCCUACAGGAACCGCUGAGGACAACAGUAAGGACGCCUUCUAUGAUGAACUCAAUGCGUUGAUGUCUAAAAUGCGAAGCCAGCAGGUGGUCAUUGUCGGAAUCGACGAAAAUGCAAAGAUGGGACAACAACAAUCCAAUGUGGGAAAAUGGUAUUAUCCAGCGGAGCGCACGUUCGACAGCGGUCAACAGACGGGCCUCAUCAUCGCCUCCACGUUUGAGAGGAAUCAUCGACGCCAUCAGCUCACGUGGCAGGGAGCUGUUUGGGGCGUCGCGUUCGACUCUGACCAUCGUCCACUUCUUCUCAGCUUCAAGAUACGAUUCCACAGGAGAAACCGAGGAGUUCCUCUUCAACCGAAAAUCGACAGGUCAGGUCUGAAAGACGAUGAAUGCAGAAGUAAAUUCCGCCAACAUGUGUCUAUUCAUGUCGGAGUACGGACUAGGAAGAAGCUUAACGAUGCGGAUUCCUUCACAAAGUGCAUCCAGGACGCUGCAAGGGAAACACUCCCGGUUCUAUUGCCGCGGAAGAAGUUUGCUUUUGCAUCUGCGGAAACAAAAUCCACGUACAAUUCUCUAUGUGUCGCGCGCAGCGCUGGAGACGUCAACCAGGAAAAGCGUCUUAGAAGGAAGCUGCGUCGUCAACUGCAACAAGACCGCGGUAACGAGUGGACGUCAAGAGCGAUGGAGUUUGAGAAGGCGUGGGAGGACAGGAACCCGCGGAAAGCCUACGCUGUACUAAAACAGUAUAGCGGCAAAAUGAAAAGAUGUUCUCCUGUGCUCAACACUGCCAAUGGAGUUGCUGUCGGCAAAGCAACCCUUCCAAUUUGGAAGGAACACUUCAAAACCUUGCUGAACCGGCUGGCACCGUCAGCUCCUGAACUCGAACACGUUCACAGACCGACAUAUGCGGUUAACGAGGAGCCACCGACCGAGUCGGAGGUUCCAGUCUGUAUUCAAAAAAUGAAGAAUGGAAAAUCUGGUGGAGACGAGGGGAUUAGCGCAGAAAUGCUGAAAUAUCUUCCUCCGUCUGGGAUUCGUGAAAUGACAAAGAUCAUCCGUUCAAUAUGGAUAGAAAGGAAACGUGAUUCGUGGGGACACGCUAUCAUAAUUCCCCUCCACAAGAAGUUAUCCGUCACGUACCCUGGAAAUUAUCGAGGAAUCUCUUUGCUGCGUGUUAUGUACAAGCUAUUGGAACGCAUUAUCCUGGACCGACUCAUUAAACAUCGCGAAGAAACAACGCGUGACGAGCAAACUGGCUUUCGUCCUGGCCGAUCUACGAUUGACCAGGUGUUCUUCGUCAGGAGAGUGAUCGAAAUCUGGCAGCGGUAUUCGAAGCCAAUACAACGAGCGUUUCUGGAUUUUGAAGCCGCGUUCGACUCUCCUCACCAAGGCCGUCUUCUCAACGCGCUCCGCGCCAAUGGGGUACCAGGAAAGUUCGUUCACGUGCUUGAUGACAUGAAUCAACAAACAACUGCUGCAGUUCGAACAUCAGCCGGAUGUACAACACCGUUUGAAGUGGUAACUGGAGUAAGACAAGGGGCAGUGGCAGGAUCCUUCCUGUUAAAUUUCGCCAUCGACGACAUUAUGCGAAGAACAGUCGACCAGUGUCCUGCCGACAUUGUCUUAGCACCAUCUGGGUGCCCCUUGACUGACCUCGAGUACGCCGACGAUGUUGUUAUAUUCGCGGAAAGCACAGAUGUGGAUCUCUUCGAGACCUCAAACGGGAAUCAGGUGGACAGACAACCGAUAGAACUCGUCGAUGAGUUCUGUUAUCUGGGCUGUAUGCUGAAGAACUACGGCAGCUACGAGAGGGAUGUUCAGCAAAGAUGCGCCAAGGCCAUUUCUGCAUUUAACUCCUUAACAAAAUGCCUGUGGUCGAUUCCCAUCAUCAAAGAAGUCAAGCUGCGAGUCUACCUAUCCGCAAUUCGCCCCAUCAUAAUGUAUGGAUCGGAAACUUGGGCAGCUCUAUCUACGGUGAUGGAGAGGCUUGAUUGCGCGGAACGGAAGCUGCUUAGACUGCUACAUGGCUACUUUUGGCCUAGUGUAUGCCACAGUGAAGGUCUUUACGCAGAAAUUGAUGUGGUAUACCGGUGGAUGACACGUGGGAGAUAUCAACAUCUUGCACCGCCAUCGGAAGUGGCCAAAGUAAAUCGUCUUCGCUUCUUUCGUCAUAUAUUAAGGAGACCGGCAGAUCGCCUUGUUCAACGAGUUCUGAGGAGUUUUCCGGGUUCGAGUUGGAAGAAGCCACCUGGCCGAAAACGGAAGUUCUGGACCUGGACUGAGGUGGUGAAAGAGGACCUGAGGACACUCGGCAGUUCAGGCGAGACGUGA